CUCCUCUGGGCUCGAGAAACAACCGUUAUUAUCGCGCUUUUGUAAAUCGUAUCAUGGCCUUUCAAUUAAUCAAACAUAUAUUCAACUUUUUCUAUCCCAACGAGACAGAGAAUCAAAAUUAUCCAGAUCGGCCGGGUCCGCUGCUGAGUUUUUGGGACCUCAUACCCUGCUAUGACCGUUCAGAACUGCCUUUGGUGCAUGCUUUCACUCUCGUGGUUGCUCACCGAAAGGCCAGUGAUUUUGAAAAACGCAUCGAAGCUCGAAACGAAGAAUGGAACGAUAGCAUGCUGUUGAAGAUGGCUUGGGCUGAUCUCAUGAUAAGCUAUCCUACCAAUAGCUUCGUGGCUGAUGUCGACCUCGAGUGUCUGACCGCACUAGAAGGAAGGAUGUUCGAGGAUUCCGAAGAAGCAGGACCUGCAGGCAACCAGCAGUGGGGUUUGGAUGCUGGCCAACAUCACAGGCGAUGUAAAUUGUAUCUCGGAAUUCCUGAUGAAUGGGUUUCUGCAAGAGAUUAUAGCGAGAGUGAACUUGAACGCGGCCCCUUAUUCAGUGAUAACUCUGAUGCUACAUCUUUGGAGUCUGCAGACGAGCUAUCCGAAGCUGUAGUUCCUUGUCUGCCGGCAGAAGAAUGUCCGCCCGUUAAACGUCGAUGUGCUCCACAGGCUCGAAGGGUCCAGAGAGGGAGGAAAAGAAAAUAGUUAUUGGCUUAUGUAUACCUAGUUGUACAUGGCUCUGAGGCAAAUAAAAUAACAAAAGAGUGGUCGUGAACUCAUCCAACUUGAUCUGGAAGUUGAAUAUAGAAUAUAGGAAUGGCGCGUCAGUGGUCGCGUCAAGGAUCGUUAGUGCCGCGUCAAGGCUCGUCAGUGCCGCGUCACAUGCGCGUCACGC